UCCUGCUACAGACUGAGACGGAGCUGGCACCGAGCAGCGAUACGGGGGGAGCUGUACCACCACGGAGGAGAAAAAAAGCGAUUAUACCCCAAAUACCAACGGGUUUUUAAUCGCAAUUGCUUGGGUGUAUCCGGGAAAAGGCCUGUGUGGGUGGUAGUUUGGGUCGAGAGCUAAAUUUAGAAGCAGGCGGUCGAGGAUAGCAGUCUAUUUUUCAACAACCAACUCCCCAGAUGAACUCCGUCAGAGCCACCAACAGGAGACCCAGGCGAGUGUCGAGGCCGCGCCCGGUGCAGCCCGAACGGAACAACGGGGAUAGAGAUGAGGAGGCUCCUGCAGCAGCUGCAGCAGAAAUGGCUAUUGAGGAGUCCGGCCCAGGAGCUCAGAACAGUCCCUACCAGCUUCGACGCAAAACCCUGCUUCCCAAGAGAACCGCUGCUGCCUCUGCCACCGCCUCUGCCUGCCCGAGCAAGGGCCCAAUGGAGGGAGCUUCCACUUCAUCAACAGAGGCCUUUGGCCAUCGAGCCAAGCGGGCACGAGUGUCCGGUAAGAGCCACGACCUGCCAGCAGCCCCAGCAGAGCAAUAUCUGCAACAGAAGCUUCCAGAUGAGGUUGUUUUGAAAAUCUUCUCCUACUUACUGGAACAGGACCUCUGUCAAGCAGCUUGUGUCUGCAAAAGAUUCAGCCAGCUAGCCAACGACCCCAUCCUAUGGAAGCGUCUAUACAUGGAGGUGUUUGAGUACACACGCCCCAUGAUGCAUCCUGAGCCAGGCAGGUUCUACCAAGUCAGCCCAGAGGAGCAUGAACACCCAAACCCCUGGAAGGAGAGCUUCCAACAACUGUACAAAGGAGCUCAUGUUAAGCCAGGCUUCGCUGAGCAUUUCUACAGUAACCCCGGCAGGUACAAAGGCAGAGAGAAUAUGUUGUAUUAUGACACCAUUGAGGACGCUCUGGGUGGAGUACAAGAGGCCCACUUUGACGGUCUAAUCUUUGUCCACUCUGGCAUCUAUACAGACGAGUGGAUUUAUAUAGAGUCCCCCAUCACCAUGAUUGGUGCAGCUCCUGGUAAAGUAGCAGACAAGGUGGUGAUAGAGAAUACUAGAGACUCAACGUUUGUCUUCAUGGAGGGCUCAGAGGAUGCCUAUGUGGGAUACAUGACUAUCAAGUUUAAUCCGGAUGAUAAGUCAGCGCAGCACCAUAACGCCCACCACUGUCUGGAGAUCACAGUCAACUGCAGCCCCAACAUCGACCAUUGCAUCAUCCGCUCCACGUGCACAGUGGGUUCAGCUGUGUGUGUGAGUGGCCAAGGAGCGUGUCCAACCAUCAAACACUGCAACAUCAGUGACUGUGAAAACGUAGGACUGUACAUUACAGAUCAUGCACAGGGCAUUUAUGAAGACAAUGAAAUCAGCAACAAUGCGCUAGCAGGAAUUUGGGUGAAAAACCACGGUAAUCCCAUCAUUAGACGUAACCACAUCCACCACGGGCGAGAUGUGGGAGUGUUCACCUUCGAUCACGGCAUGGGUUACUUCGAGAACUGUAACAUUCAUAGAAACCGCAUAGCAGGCUUCGAGGUGAAGGCCUAUGCCAACCCCACGGUGGUGCGCUGUGAGAUCCAUCACGGCCAAACCGGGGGGAUUUACGUCCACGAGAAGGGCCGGGGACAAUUUAUAGAAAACAAAAUCUACGCCAAUAACUUCGCUGGUGUGUGGAUCACGUCCAACAGCGACCCAACGAUACGGGGAAAUGCUAUAUUCAACGGUAACCAAGGAGGGGUGUACAUAUUUGGAGAUGGACGGGGUUUGAUAGAGAGUAACGAUAUCUACGGUAACGCCUUGGCGGGAAUCCAGAUCCGAACCAACAGCUGCCCCAUUGUACGGCACAACAAGAUCCACGAUGGACAGCAUGGGGGCAUCUAUGUGCAUGAGAAAGGCCAGGGGGUGAUCGAGGAGAAUGAAGUUUACAGCAACACCCUGGCGGGAGUGUGGGUGACCACAGGCAGCACUCCGGUCCUCCGAAAGAACCGCAUCCACAGCGGCAAGCAGGUUGGCGUAUAUUUCUAUGACAACGGGCACGGUGUAUUGGAAGACAAUGACAUCUAUAAUCACAUGUACUCUGGGGUACAAAUAAGGACGGGGAGCAACCCGAAGAUCCGGCGCAACAAGAUAUGGGGGGGGCAGAACGGAGGGAUUUUAGUCUACAACUCAGGGCUGGGCUUCAUCGAGGACAAUGAGAUCUUUGAUAAUGCCAUGGCGGGGGUGUGGAUCAAGACUGACAGCAACCCCACGCUGAGACGAAACAAGAUUCACGACGGCAGAGAUGGAGGCAUCUGCAUCUUCAACGGAGGCAGAGGUCUGUUGGAAGAAAACGACAUCUUCCGAAACGCACAGGCCGGAGUGCUGAUCAGCACCAACAGCCACCCAAUACUCCGCAAGAACCGCAUUUUUGACGGUUUCGCUGCAGGUAUUGAAAUCACUAACCACGCAACCGCCACACUGGAGGGCAACCAGAUCUUCAACAAUCGCUUUGGAGGCCUGUUUCUGGCCUCGGGAGUCAACGUCACCAUGAAAGAUAAUAAGAUCCUGAAUAACCAGGAUGCUAUUGAGAAAGCAGUGAGCAGAGGACAGUGCCUCUACAAGAUCUCCAGCUACACCAGUUACCCCAUGCACGACUUCUACAGAUGUCACACCUGUAAUACAACAGAUAGGAAUGCCAUCUGUGUUAACUGCAUCAAAAAAUGCCACCAAGGGCACGAUGUAGAAUUUAUACGGCACGAUCGGUUUUUCUGUGACUGCGGAGCGGGAACGUUGUCCAACCCCUGCACGCUGGCCGGAGAGCCCACGCACGACACAGACACUCUGUAUGACUCGGCGCCGCCCAUCGAGUCCAACACGCUGCAACAUAACUGAAGGCGUCCGGUCUAGUUGCACCCUCCCACAUAAGCAUAUAAACACAUUACGUUGCACACAGCCAUACGCACGCACACGAUACACACACAUGAAUACACACACUCAUCCACUUGCAGCCAUAAGGACCCAGAGAGACUCUGUGAUUGCGGCGCUCUCAGAUGGGAUGGAGGGGAAACAGGCUGCAGAGGAAGCAGCUUCCCGCCUGCUGCAGGCACACACAGACUCCACAAGAGGGAGCCGUGGAGCUGAGAGUAGACGGACAGAAUAGCCACAAGAGAUUCCUCAUUCGAGUAUUUCUUAUUGCAGUCUGAAGACAAAGAAGAGAAGGGCUAGGCAGAGGGGCUGUCAGUGGCAGCGCGUGAAGUUCCCCUCCCCAGUGUUAAGGCUCGGCUCCCAGCCCACUUCAUCUUCCUCACAAGAACUGCUGUCAAAGUGACUUCCUGCUUCCUCGCAGCUGCCAUCCCCAUUGGCUGUCCAGGCAGUUGUAAUUAGGCAACAGAUGGGCGGAUGUUGCGCUGUAGUGUGUGGAUAAAGAGAAAGAUUGUGUGUGUGUGAGUGAUGGAGCACUUGGGCUUUUAAAAAAAAAAAAAAAAAAUGUUCUGAUCAAUGGAUUUUAUUUCAAUGCUUUCUCAUGUAGUUUUGUAUUUUCAAGCAAAGAAGCUGACUGUAUUUGAAUGUCUUUUAUUUUAUUAUAUAUUAUUAUUUUUCUUUGGUUAGCAUCCCUCCUCCCACUCCAAGGCAACAUGCAGAAACUCAAAUGUCCCAGUGGUGAAGUUCUUUCUGUGAAAGAGAAUCUCGUUUAAACACUAAAAACCCUCUCCGAUAUAUUAGCUUAAAUGGCAGGUGGAGGGGCUCCACACUUGUAUAAAGGUGUGUAUGUGAGUGUGUAAAUGUGUUGUGUACAGUGAAAGUUGUGUGUGUGUGUGUUUAUGUUUAUAAGUUGAUGCAGUCAGUGUUUUGUGGAGAGGGUUUCCAUAGGAGGCGUCAGAGCUCCUUUGAACUGGAACUGAAGAGUCAAUCUGCAGACGUCCCCACCCUUCCUCCCCCUUCUCUACCCCCUGUAUCGUGGUGACUGUGGCUCCUCAUGCAGCCUGAAUCGUAUGCAUGUACCAUAACAUCUAGACUUAAUAUAUUGUGAAGUAUUCAAUAACCAUUAUGUAGAUGCUAGUUGGAAUUCAAAAAGGGGUAUACUUUCUUAGAAAGACAAAAAAAGAAAACAGGAAACUGGCCAUUUCUAAGAAAAUAAAACUUUAUUAGAUCA